UGUUUGACUGUCUGUUUGACUGUUUGUUUGGUUGUGUGAAGACAUUGUUAUUAUUAUUAUUAUUACUAUUAUAUACUAAACAACAACAACAACAACAACAACCUCUUUGUUUGGUUUGAUUGUGGAUCAGAUCAGACCUGAAGACACCAAUCAAUCAAUGAAUACAUAAUAAUAAUAAUAAUAAUAUCCUCUAAAUAUAAUAUCCAUUGUUGUUGUUGUCAUUAUCUCUCUCUCUCUCUCUCUCUCUCUCUCUCUCUCAUCAACAGAUGAUUAUCUUCAGCACCAAUAUCUUAGUGAUGGUGUGUCAGUGAUAAUCAUAUAUAUAUAUAUAUAUACAAAGAUAUCAUAUGUACUUCAGCUGAACGGAUCAAUUGAUUAGACUAUUACUACUACUACUACUACUUGUUAUUCAAUGCCAUUUUGACGCCCCUUUCGUUGUCAUCGUUGUUGUUGUCGUCGUCUAUGAAGAAGAGGAAGGGAUUGUCAAGUGAUCUAUCAAUCAAUUAAACCAUUCAUUCAUUCAUUCAUUAAAAACAGUCACACAAUCUGGUCCGUCAUCAUCGCUGACAUCACCAACACAUUUGGUCAUAAUAUUAAUAAUAAUAAUAAACCUCUGGAUCUGAUUAUAUAUCAUAUAGUCUAUAUCUACCACUUGUUUGGCGCCGACGACGACCACCACAACUACCGCGCAAGUGAUGUCUUCAUCGGUUACUACAGAUGACAACUCGUCGGAUGAUUUGCCGGAUAAAUAUCAAAGACUUGCAGCCAAAUACUCAAAGUUAAGAGCACAACUCAAUGUACUGAAGACAGCCUUUACGGAUGAACAACAAAAAUGUUUGGAUCAGAAAUCAAUGAUCAACGACAAGGAUCAGACACUCCGGCGAUUGGAACAGGAGAUGGAAAGCCUUGACUUUCGGAACCAACAGUUAGCCAAACGGGUCGGUGUUCUUCAAGACGAACUGGCAUUGGCCUCUUCGUCGUCGUCGUCGACCGUAAGUCAUAAUAGCGGCGGCAAGAGGUGGUUGUCCUCUAGGAGUUCAAAACAACACCAACAAUCAUCGUCCAAUCAUUCAACGCCAGCGCACGGCGGCGGCAACAAUACGACCAACACUGGCGGCACAAUCAAUGGUCACGACAACAACAGUGGUGGUGGUGACCAUCAAAACAACAGUAGUAGUAGUAGUAGUAGUCUUGUAUUGGAUGUAAUCAAUGGCGAACUGGAAAUGAAAAUAAAGGAAAACGAAAGACUACACAUCCAAUUGAAUAGCAUUGAAAUGGAUUAUAUUCAACAGAUUCAACAAUUGCAGAAACAAUUGGAUCAAUUGAAAACAGUAAGCGAUGGCCACAGCCGUUCGGUUAAUGAAUCUCUUGAAUCGAAACAAUCGAUUAUCGAUUCGCUAAAUACGGAUAAAGACUCGUUGGAGACAAAGCUAAGGAUAAUCGGAAAAGAAUUGGACGAAUCAAAGCGUUUGUCUCAUAAACUCGAAACUGAUAAGAAAGUACUCGAACUCAAGAUCGUAGGUCUGGAGGAAACUAUUGGCAACAGCGGCGAGAUUCGGGACAACAUUUUGAAACAGUUGUCAAUAUGUGAGUCAAAAUUAUCGCAAUCGGAACAAAAGGUCGAACACUGGAUGCUUGAGUAUCAGUUACUUCAGGUUAAAGCCGAUCGGGAACUAAAACGAUCGCAACUAAUACCGGCUGCAAUAGUUGACUGUUGCGAUGGACAACAGUUAGCACAACAACAACAACAACAACCUUCACAGACAUUAUUACGGACGACGUCGUCCUCCUCAUCGACAUCGACACCGUUAUCGUCGACGACUGGAAGCCAGAAAAGUAUCGAAAUGAGUUGCAAUGACUUUGCCGUCGGUUCAUCCCUACAGUCGCCCACUGUUUCCAACGAUGAUAAGAUCAGUAUCAACAGUAAUACGGGUAUCGGCGGUGGUGUCGGCAGCAGUGGUUGUGGUGCCGCCGCCGCCGCCAAUGAUGAGGACACACCACCAGUGGUCACUGCAUAUCUACGGAACCGAAUCAGUCAAUUGGUCGAUAGUUUGCAUCAAUCGGAUAGCAAAUCAGUUAGUUAUCAUACAGAAUGUCUGGCACUUCAGCAGCGAUUGUCGAUUAGCGAUAAACAACGUAAACAAUUCAAUAGGGAUUUAAUAGAAAAACAACACCAAUUGGAUCAAUUGGCCGAAGAAUUAGCGACAAAUGUCCAAAAUUAUGAACAACAACUUGAAGUAAUGUCCGAACAUUUGGCUAAUAUGAACGAUAAGCUAACAAAACAGACAGAUAUUAUCGAUUCAUUUAAACAACAGAAUAAUAAUAAUAAUAAUAAUAAUACAACUAAUAAUACAACAAAUAAUACAUCAUAUAAUUCAUCAAUAAUUAAAGGCAAACGUAUCGUCAAAAAAUAAGUAAACUGUUUGAUGGAUUGAAACACGGAUUUUAUAAAAAAAAAUAAUUUUUUUAUUUAAUUAAUUAAUUAAUAAAACAAACAAAUCAUUCCAAUUAACAGA